CCCGGGAUGGGAUUUUGAAACAGGAGAGUGUAGAAAAAUGAGGAUGAUGUUUAUAAAGAGGCAAGAGUGUGUUGGUGUUGGUGUUGCAUUGUAAAUUGUAAUGGUAAUGGUGUGAUUAAGCCAUGGACUCAAUUGCUUUCUCCUUGAUUUUUUUCAUUCUUCAAGUCACAAUGCUAUCCGCCAAGAAGACUUACAUAGUACACAUGAAACACGGCCACGAUGCCUCCGUCUACCCCACGCACCGUGAGUGGUAUAAUGCAGCACUCGAUGCUUCUUCUUCUUCUUCUUCAUACGAUUCCAUGCUAUACGCCUACACCGCUGCUUACAACGGCUUCGCUGCCACCCUCGACCCUCAACAAGCCCAGGCGCUGCGAGCCUCCGAUUCUGUCUUGGGCGUCUACGAAGACACGCGCUACACGCUCCACACCACUCGCACCCCCCAGUUCCUGGGCCUCCAGGCCCAUUCUUCUUUAUGGGAAGACCUCCACCAACCCUCGCACGACGUCGUCAUUGGCGUCCUCGACACAGGCGUCUGGCCCGAAUCUCUCAGCUUCCACGACUCCCAAAUGCCUCAAAUCCCCACGCGCUGGCGCGGCAACUGUGAAUCCGCACCCGACUUCGACCCUUCCCUCUGCAAUAACAAACUCAUCGCUGCUCGCACCUUCUCCAAGGGCUACCGCAUGGCCUCCGCUAAUGCUAGAAAACCUAGGGACCUUGCCUCGCCGCGUGACAACGACGGCCACGGCACGCACACUGCAUCCACCGCAGCCGGCUCCUCCGUCGCCAACGCCACUCUCCUCGGCUACGCCACUGGCACUGCGCGCGGGAUGGCGCCGCACGCGCGUCUCGCUGCCUACAAAGUCUGCUGGACCGACGGCUGUUUCGCCUCCGACAUUCUCGCCGGGAUGGAUCAGGCAAUCCAGGACGGCGUCGACGUCCUCUCCCUCUCCCUCGGCGGCUCCUCCUCCGUCCCGUACUACUUCGACACCAUCGCCAUCGGCGCCUUCGCGGCGGUGGAGAGAGGAAUCUUCGUUGCGUGCUCGGCCGGGAAUACCGGACCUCGCUCCGGUUCUGUCGCGAAUGUCGCUCCGUGGAUCAUGACCGUCGGCGCCGGAACCCUGGACCGCGAUUUUCCGGCGUACGCUACUCUAGGCAACGGGAAACGCUUCGCCGGAGUUUCGCUUUACAGCGGAGAGGGAAUGGGAGACGAACCGGUCGGUUUGGUUUAUUUCGACGACCGGUCGAACUCGUCGAGCAGCAUUUGCAUGCCAGGCUCGCUGGACUCCGAGAGCGUGCGCGGGAAGGUGGUGGUGUGCGACCGGGGGCUGAACGCGCGCGUGGAGAAGGGAGCGGUGGUGCGCGAUGCCGGAGGCGUCGGGAUGAUUCUGGCGAACACGGCGGCGAGCGGCGAGGGACUGGUGGCGGACAGUCACGUGGUGGCGGCUGUCGCGGUGGGGGAAAGCGCGGGCGAUGAGAUCAGACAGUACGCGUCGUUGGAUCCUAAUCCAACCGCGGUUCUUAGCUUCGCGGGGACCGUGUUGAACGUGAGGCCCUCGCCGGUUGUGGCAUCGUUCAGCUCUCGCGGGCCCAAUUGCGUGACGGCCCAGAUACUAAAACCGGACGUGAUUGGGCCUGGAGUGAACAUCUUAGCGGGAUGGUCCGGAGCGGUUGGCCCAUCUGGGUCCCAAGACACACGCAAAACGCGAUUCAACAUAAUGUCUGGUACGUCCAUGUCGUGUCCCCACAUAAGUGGGUUGGCUGCGCUGUUGAAAGCAGCCCAUCCUGAUUGGAGUCCAAGUGCGAUCAAAUCUGCACUCAUGACAACGGCCUAUACCCAUGACAACACCGAGUCUCCACUUCGUGACACAACGGGUGAAGAAGCCUUCUCCACACCGUGGGCCUAUGGGGCCGGUCAUGUGAACCCUCAAAAGGCCCUCUCUCCUGGGCUUGUUUAUGAUGCCUCCACCCAGGACUACAUUGCGUUUUUGUGCUCCUUGAACUACACCCUUGACCAUCUCAGACUCGUUGUCAAGCGUCUUGAUGCCAAUUGUUCCCUCAAAUUUACUGACCCGGGUGACCUCAAUUAUCCAUCUUUCUCCGUUGUUUUCGGAAGCAAUAAGGUUGUUCGUUACACGCGCACCUUGACCAACGUGGGGGACCCAGGUUCUGUCUAUGACGUGGCUGUGAGCGCGCCCUCCAUGGUGGGGAUAACGGUGAAUCCUAAUAGGCUUGCGUUUGGUGAAGUAGGGGAAAGGCAAACGUACACGGUGACGUUCGUGUCCAAUAGGAGUCUUAACGAUUCCGUUACGUCUGAUUUUGGUAGCAUCAUGUGGAGCAAUGAACAGCACCAAGUUAGAAGCCCGGUUGCUUUUACAUGGACAUAUUUUUGAUUCAGCUUGUCACUGUACACUCGUAUUUAAAGCCCAACAGCAUAGGCCUAGUGUUGAAAGCAAACGAGCUGCAUUUGCUGUUGUCAUCUGCCGAAAUUGCAAUUGUAAUGACUGAUUUAGUUGCACCCUAGGCUAGUAGUAAAAGCAAAUGCAACAUGACACCGUCUUUAUCACGUUGCAUAAAUUGCUUUCAGAACCCACCAUCAGACUGUUGUUGAAUAAUGCAUCUACAGGGUGCGUUUCUUGGGAUGAUGGUUUGGUUUGGUUUGUUUACAUGGACAAGUUUUUACUAAAACUGUAAUAAUGAGAAGCAUUUGAAACUUGAAGGAAA